UGACUGCAUUGCAGAUAAGCCAGUGAGAGUGCAUUUUUGUCCAAUCUAUACCAUGCAUAGAGCAGAGGAUAAGAAGCUGAUGGGCAGAAUAUGUGUUUAGCUGUGUCUCGUUAAUUGUAUGUGGUUGCAGUUUUACACAGGCCUAAAAAUAUGCAAUUUCUCUUCAAUAUAGCAGCAAAUUUACAGACAUCCUACACAGACUUUUAACUCAAAGGAAUUUGUGACUUCACCUGCCUCUCAACAAGGAUCAUGUCUUGUCGUGAGUAUAUGCCAGCUCCAGCGUGUCUCAUCGAAAAUGAUGAAAAUGGGAAGCUGUGUGUGAGGAAAGAUGCUAAAGUCAUUCUGGAUGGGAUCAAGGAGCCGGUGGUGGUGGUGUCUGUGGUGGGACUCUACCGUACGGGGAAGUCCUACCUUAUGAACCGCCUGGCAGGACAACAGUCCGGCUUUGCUCUCGGCAACACCGUUGAGUCAAAGACCAAAGGCAUCUGGAUGUGGUGUGUCCCUCAACCCAAAAAAGAAGGACACACUCUGGUGCUGCUGGACACAGAGGGACUGGGUGAUGUGGACAAGGGAGACUCUAAGAAUGACGGCUUAUUUUCUCUGGCCGUUCUGCUCAGCAGCACUCUGGUGUACAACAGCCGCGGCACCAUCGAUAACAAUGCAGUGGAAAAUCUGCACUACAUAACUGAGCUCACCGAGCAGAUCAAGAUCAGAUCGACAGAAGCUGCAGACGAGGAGGAAGAGGAGGAUUCUCAGUUUGUGCAGUUUUUCCCAUCAUUUAUCUGGGUGGUUAGAGAUUUCACCUUGGAACUGGAAAUUAAUGGAGAAACAGCAACAGAGGAUGAGUACCUUGAGUUUGCCCUCCAGCUGAAGAAAGGUGUGGGUAAGAAAAAGAGUGACUACAAUCUGCCCCGUGAAUGUAUCCGACAGUAUUUCCCUAGCCGGAAGUGUUUUGUGUUCCCGAUUCCUGUUACCUCCCAGAAAGACAUGACACACCUAGAGAGCUUACAAGAGCAGGACCUUGCUCAAGCAUUUCUGGAGGUCACAGGUCAUUUCUGUGACCACAUUUUUUUCAAUAGUGCUGUGAAAACACUGAAAGGAGGACACAGAGUUACUGGUAAAUUGCUCGGGCACCUGGUUGAGAUUUAUGUGGAUACAAUCAGCAGUGGGAAGGUGCCCUGUCUGGACAAUGCAGUGGUUGUUCUGGCAAAUGUAGAGAACCAGGCAGCUGUUCAAGAAGCUAUGAAAGUGUAUCAGACUGGGAUGGAAGAGGUGAAGAAAACAUUCCCAGUCACUAUAGAUAAUAAUACCUGUGAGCACCAGAAAUUCAGCAGUCUAGCCAUUUCUGAGUUCAUGAAAUGCUCAUUCAACGAUGAAAAGGGGCAAUACCUGAAAAAAAUGGAGGAAGCUGUAAACAUGUACUACGUACACUUGCUGGAAGAGAAUAAGACGAAAUCAGAAAGAAAGUGUCAAGAUCUGCUGAAUAAUCUGUUCUCUGACAUGAAUAAACGGCUGCAGAAUGGAGAGUACAGUCAGUCUGGAGGACAUGAUUUCUACUGCAGAGACAGAGACGCCAUUGUUGAACAGUACCGCAGAGAACCCAACAAAGGUGUAUCGGCUGAGGCUGUGCUGACUGUGUUUCUGAAUGAGCGAGGAGCUAAAGCAAACACCAUCCUCUGCGCAGACACAAAACUCACUGAAAUUGAGAAACAAAUUAAAGAGGAGAAGGAGAAUGCGGCUCUGUUGAAACAGAAAUGUAAAGAGGAAGAGGAGAAACGAAUUGAGAGUGAACAAAUGAAUGCGGCAGAGAAUAAGCGACAUGAGGACAGGGUUAGGCAGAUGGAGGAGAAGUUCAAGAAGGAGCUGGAACAGCGGCAGCAGGAAAAGGACAGAGCCAUUGAGAGCAAACUGAAGGAGCGGGAGGAGAUGCUAAAAAAAGGCUUUGAGGAGAGAGCUACAAAUCUUAAAGAAGAAAUCAACAAGUUACAAAAUGAAAAGAAACACCUAGGUGCUGGUGGCGGUGCCAUUUUUAAGGAUUAUGUGAUGCCAUUUCUCUGUCCUCUUUUAGAAAUGGUUCCCAACCUCCUUAUGCAGAGAUCAAUGAUUAAAUGCCUCAAAGGUUGA